GAGAUGUGUACACAAGCGCAUCUUCAAACAUGGCGUCCGCUACAUCGGGAUUCGGCUUCUUCCUGCCAUUGACAUCUUUUUUGUUGAUUCUACUGUUAUGUGUGCAAUCUGGAGGAAGUCAGAAGAAAAAAGAGAACAUGCUGGCGGAGAAGGUGGAGCAGAUGAUGGAGUGGAGCUCCCGGCGGUCCGUGGUGCGCAUGAACGGGGAUAAGUUCCGCCGCUUCGUCAAGGCGCCGCCCAGGAACUACUCUGUCAUCGUGAUGUUCACCGCCCUACAGCCCCAGAGACAGUGCUCCGUCUGCAGGCAGGCUAAUGAAGAGUACCAGGUGCUGGCUAACUCGUGGCGUUACUCCUCCGCCUUCUCGAACAAACUCUUCUUCACCGUGGUGGACUACGACGAAGGGGCGGACGUCUUCCAGCAGCUGAACAUGAACUCGGCCCCCACGUUCAUGCACUUCCCCCCGAAGGGGAAGCCCAAGAGGGCGGACACGUUUGACCUCCAGCGCAUCGGCUUCGCCUCGGAGCAGCUGGCCAAGUGGAUCGCCGACAGGACAGACGUGCAGAUCCGGGUGUUUCGGCCGCCCAACUACUCCGGCACCAUUGCCCUGGCCCUGCUCGUGUCUCUGGUGGGAGGUCUGCUCUACCUGAGGAGGAACAACCUGGAGUUCAUCUACAACAAGACUGGCUGGGCCAUGGCUGCGCUGUGUGUGGUGUUCGCCAUGACCUCAGGCCAGAUGUGGAACCACAUCCGCGGGCCCCCGUAUGCCCACAAGAACCCGCAGAACGGACAGGUGAGCUACAUCCACGGGAGCAGCCAGGCCCAGUUUGUGGCAGAGUCUCACAUCAUCCUCCUACUGAACGCUGCCAUCACCAUGGGGAUGGUCUUGCUGAAUGAAGCUGCAACCUCCAAAGGCGAUGUGGGAAAGAGAAGAAUUCUCUGCCUGGUUGGGCUCGGUUUAGUGGUAUUCUUCUUUAGCUUCCUGCUCUCCAUCUUCAGAUCUAAGUACCACGGUUACCCAUACAGCUUUCUCAUCAAGUGAGAGCAAGUCGCUUCCCACCUGGCAAGGAAGACAUUUGGUUCCCAUGCCAACUUAGUUUGCAUGCACCUUUCACAAGAUGUUAUAUCUUCCAAUAACAAUAAAAAAUUAUUCCACAAAACAAAAA